AACACACAUAUCCGGACUCCGUGUGUCAAUUUGUUAAGUUCAUUAAAAAUUGUAGUUUAAGCAUUUGUAUAGGAAUUCGAAAAAGUUUCGCCCGCUGACCUUGAGCGAUAUUCAUGGAAAAAGAUUUGGAUUUUUUGAUCAAAGCGCUGUCGUUGCCCAACUCGCCGCUCUGGUCGGAGUACAGCGAGGCGCAGCUGAGAGAUAUGCGUGAAUCGUUUAUUUCCCUAAGGGAUGUGCUCCAGCAGAAUCAGUUCGAUGUGUUACACGAGACGCCGUCUUAUAUGGUGCGCUUCAAGGCUGGUGGCAAUACGGUUGCGGAUCAGGUGACCACGGAUCAGGUGCCAGAUGAAUAUCAGUUCCCUAAGAAUUUCCAGUCAUCCCUAACAUCAUUGUCGUCGUCGUCGCUGAGCGCGGAUUAUGGAACCACAAAUAAUAAUGAUGAUGAUGAUGAUGAUAAACAGGAUAAGGCCAGGCAGGGCGAUGACGAGACGAGCACCACAGAUAAUUUCCUAGCUCUGGUGCCGUAUGAGAAAGACGUGCCCAGCACCGAACUGGUGCGCUAUGAGCCAUGGCUUGAGACGGUCGAGGAUGAUUCUGACACUGAGACACUGUGCGCCAGCUCCAGCUCUGAGUCUGUCUCACGCUCCGGGGCCAGAUCCAUGUCAACGUCCUCCGGCGGUGCCAUCUCCAUCAGCAUACCCAUGCAAAUGGAGUAUGUGUGGCACAACAGCGACUACAAUGCGGACAGCACAGACAGCGACCUGACCAUCAUUGCGGAUGGUUUUAAUUAUGUUCUAAGCCGUUAACGAGCCAAACCGCAGACUAAAUUCAGGAUUAUCAUUAAAAAACUAUGAAAAAAAAAAAAAAAAAAAGAAAAA